AUGCUUUCCGAGCGAAGAUUUCGAGAUGAAAUCAAACUUUUUGUGGAGAAAAUGAACGAGCAGAAAGUGAAUUGGACGAUUUGUGAGGUAAUUGCAAAUUUCAUGUUUUAAACUUGUCACAAAACGUUGAGGGAGGGAAAUACGCGAGAGAAUCCCAUCUGGAGACCCUUCCGGACAGACGCAUCGUCACCGCAGAAGCCCACAUUCUGUACAAUCCGACGUACAAAGUGCCCGUUCUCUGGUUCAAUUACUUCGAAAACAGUCCGUUUUUCCAUCUCAUUCCAUCCGAAUCCUCCCGUUUCAGACGGAUCUCCUCUCCCAUUCUCUUCGGUCGUCCGCGAUGUUCUCAAGAUUCCGGAGCAAGAGUCGGAAGCCUCGAUUCGGACGAGAAUAUCACACUUUGAACACCCGUAUUUGGGUUGGUCGCUGGAUUUGAUUAGGAUAAUGACAUAUUUAAGGCGUUCUGUACUUUAAUAUCCACCCAUGCAACACAUCGAGCAUUAUGAAAGAGCUGAACACUGACGAAUCGUUCCUUCCUCCGUGAGUUUCGUUGCAUUUGCUUGUUGAUCCCAAUCCCAAUAAUUUCAGAUGGUUCAGUGUCUACGGACAACAGAUUCAUUUACCGAUUCCGCAAUUUCCUCCAAGCGAAUCAUUGUUAGAAAUGUAUAAGCAUUGA